CACUGAUGAUGGGUAAUGAUAGACGGCACUGACUGGCAUCACUGCUGGGCACUGACUGGCGGCACUGACUGGCACAACCGCUGGGCACUGACUGGUGGCACUGACUGGCAGCACUGCUGGGCUGCACUGGUGGGUGGCACUGGUGGGCAGCACUGGUGGGCACAGGUGGGUGGCACUGCUGGGCACAGGUAGGUGGCACUUCUGGGCACAGGCGUGUGACAUUGCAGAGUGGCACAGGUGGUGCAUUGCUGGGCACAGGUGGGUGCAUUGCUGGGCACAGGUGGGGGCACUGCUGGGCACAGGUGGGGGCACUGCUGGGCACAGGUGGGCGGAACUUGCGGGUGGCACUGCUGGG